CUCUGCCGGGACCCCAGGGCGGGGGGAAGAGGACAGCUGCCUUGGGGACGCCCCAUCAGCACGCACACGCUUUGGACCUGCUCCACACACUUCCUGCCAGCUCUAUGGCAGCCUCCGCCAGUGUGUCCCCCUCCGCCAGUGUGUCCCCAUCCCUGUCCCAGCCAGAAGAGUGGGGACCACUGGAGCAACUGGGGCUGGCCAGAGCUUGUCCUUUCUCCCUCCUUGGUGCCCCAGUGGCUUUUGAAGAUGCUGGGCCGGGACCUUUUUCCCCCAAAGAGAGCUGGGGGCAGCCAGAGCUGCUGCCACCUAGCCCUGCGUCUCUCCAUAAACAAGUCCGUUUCAAGGGCGGUCCAUUCCUCUGUGCUUCUGAGAGCCCUCUUCUCAAGUUCUGGGCCUGCCUGUUAACAUGAGGGCUGGGGCUGGGGCAUUUUAUUGAUGGUGACAGGAUGAAGGUUUAUGCUUUGCCAGCAAGAAUGAAGCCAAGAGCUUGGAGAAGGGGAAAGGUGAUGGACCCCCUGACCCCACACUGUGGCCCUGGGGCUUCCUGGUCAUCACGGGGUCCAGUGGGCGUCCAGACCCCACCAGAUUGGGGCACUGAUUCUAAGGAACCUCUUGGGAUUGGUUGGGGAUGUGGUCAUGUGGGAGAGGCUCCCCUAGAAAGGGAGGGGGCGUGGUUAUUUCUGAGUUGGCCUUGAAACUGAAACCGGGCCCUGCAGCCCCCUUAAUGUUUUCCUUUUUCUCCUCCGCUGCUUUCUCCUUUGGGGCUCCUUUUGGGGUUUUGCGGGGUUUGACUGGAUUCCUGCAUCCUGGGGCCUGCUCCAUCCAUCCGUCCGGGGCCCUGGACCCCACUCCCAUCACAGCCCUGUGUCUUCUCUCUGACACGGUCAGGCCCUGCCUCUAUUCCAAGGGGCACUUGGUGCACAUUCCAUAAACUCAGCUGGUUUUGCCCCGUGUGAAACUCCAGCAGGUCUCUGGAAGCCAUUUGUAAAAAAAAAAAAAGAAAAAAAAGUUUUUUAAAAAAAAAUAUCAUUUAAUUUUCUGGUAAUUCCAGUUCCUUGGAGCAUCCUCUCUCUGCUAGGUCUUGGGGUGUGUGGAUGGAUUGGCUGAUAGGAUUGGUAACCCCUUCUCCACCCAGGAUGGGGGGCUCCAAUCACCUUCAGGGAAGGGGAGCCUCGUUCUAGUUUUCUUUCUUUUUUUUUUUUUUUAAGAAAACUAUUUAAUUUUUUAAUUUAUUUUUGGUUGAUUUUUGCACAACGAAGUUUCGGCUUCUCAACCUUCUCCCCUGCCCAGGGCUGCGGACCCUGACUGGCCUUGAUCUGCAGUCCCCCUCGUCCCCACAUCCCUUCUUCCCCCUCAUCCUCUUCCUCCUGCGGGCUCCAGGGUCUGUCCAUCUGUUACUGUGCUGUGCUGGGGACUGGCGCCAAGGUGGCGUGAGAUUCCACUUGUGUAGAACUUUGUUGAGUAAAGAUCAGUUUCUUGUGAAACCUGCGGUGUCCAUCUGGCCUCCUGUGUCCGUGGCUUUGGCAGCAGAGAAGAGAGAUGGAGGGCGGCUUGGGAAGCUUUAGAAAUGGGGAUGCACAGAACUCAGGAAAUAAUUGGGGAGUGGGGAGGUAGUUAACCAGCUACACUUCUUGGGAUCCCAAGCCUCUCAGUUUUCUUCCCUGUAAAAUGGGGAGGUGCAUGUGAACGAUGAAGAUUAAAUAUGAUAAUAUACAUGUGCAGUGCGUUCGCUGGGACAUUAUAGCUCAGUAAACGAGAACUAUUGGUGUUGCAGCCCAGGUUCAAGAUCCCCACCUGCCAUUGACUAAACUGAGUGGCAAGGCCUUACAGCCCUCUCAUCUUUGGCUGACAUUACAACUGCCCAUCGCUGGGCAGCUUAGACAUUUUUGUAGAAGGCUCAGCCCAGCACCAGGCCUCAGGGAGAUAUGUAAAUAUGAAGCAAAUGAGAAAUUGCUCAGCUCUGGGGACACACAAACCUCAUAAUAAAAUCUUGUUGCAAGCUCAGUACGGCCCAAGGAUCACCUGUGUCAACCCGGGAACACUAAAAAUGCUGACACACAUCCAACGUUCGUUCAAAUAUGUACGUUUCAGUGAGGGGGCAUAGAAGUGAAAUAGUGAUGUGCCCCAUAGAGAAAAAUACAGCGGGGAGGGGAGGGAGAGCGUUGGGGACAAUGGUCGCAAUCUUACAGUAGAGCACUCCGGAAAGGUGAUGUUUGAGCAAAGAGCCAAGUGGAUGUCCGAGGAGUCGGGCGAGGGAACAGCAAAUGCUCCUUGGAGAUAAUUGGUUAACACUGCCUGGCUCAAGAGGCUUUCAGUAAAUAAGAUGCUGUUUUCUAUCGGUGUGAUUUUACGUAACUCAGAGUAACUUUCACCCAGGCCUCUGCAGUGUAACUGCAUGUUUCUGGCUCCAGAAGCAGAGACAGGAGUUCGAGAAUCACUAGUAUGUCCCAAACGCGAACCCGGAAAAGGGACUUUGCAUUUCUAAGCCCGGUGUCACCUGUGAGGUGCCUUCGGCAAGGCCGCGUUUUUCACACCAGAGUUCGCUGGCCCUCUGCACCAGCACCACCACAGAUGCUUGUUUAAAAGACGCAGGAACCAGGAAUCUGCACUUUCCAGCCCAAGGCCGAGGCAGCUACAGAACGACACGCCCGCGAGCCAGCGGACUUUCACUAACAAGCCAAUUUCCCUGUGAGCCGCUCGCUUCCGGCCUGCGCCGAACGUCAUCAGGAGGCGCCGGAAGUGCCCUCGCGCUGCCUAGGAGACAGGACGCGGGGCCCGCCGCUGACAGGGCCGGGCUGGCCGCGCCCACCCGGUCGCUAUGGAGCUGCCCCCAGGGCCGCGCGACGAUCCCUGCGCCUGGGACGAUGACUCGGACCCGGAGCCGGAUCCCGACCCCGACGUGCAGGCCGAGGCUUACGUGGCCCGCGUGCUCAGCCCGCCGAAACUCGGGCUGGCGCCCCCGCGCGCCCCUCCGCUGUCCGCGCCCGCCACGUCCCCUGGCGCCCUGGAGCCGCGAGCUGCGCCCAAGGGACCGGCCGUGGGCGCCCCCGGCCUGUUGAGCCUGCCCCCGGAGCUGCUGCUCGAGAUCUGCGCCUACCUGGACGCGCGCCUCGUGCUCCACGUCCUGCCACGCGUCUGCCACGCGCUGCGCGACCUCGUGCGUGACCAAGUCACCUGGAGGCUACGCGCGCAGCGCCGCGUACGCGCGCCCUACCCGGUGGUGGAAGAGGAGGACUUUGACUGGCCGGCGGCCUGCAUUGAGCUGGAGCAGCACCUGUCGCGCUGGGCGGAGGACGGGCGCUGGGCCGAGUACUUCUGCCUGGCCGAUGGGCACUUCGCUUCCAUUGACUCGGUGCUGCUGCUCCAGGGUGGGACGCUCUGCCUGUCAGGCUCACGAGAUCGCAAUGUCAACCUGUGGGACCUGCGGCAGCUGGGGGUGGAGCCCAGCCAGGUCCUGGUCAAGGCGCUGGGCACCCAGAGGAACAGCACCCACAAGGGCUGGGUGUGGUCGCUGGCGGCGCUGGACCACCGGGUGUGCUCCGGCUCCUGGGACAGCACCGUGAAGCUCUGGGACAUGGCGGCUGAUGGGCAGCAGUUCGGCGAGAUAAAGGGCAAGGCAGCUGUGCUGUGCCUGUCCUACCAGCCUGACAUCCUGGUGACCGGCACCUAUGACAAGAAGGUGACAGUCUACGACCCCAGAGUCGGCCCGGCCCUGCUGAAGAGCCGGCGGCUGCACUCGAGCGCGGUGCUGGCCGUGCUGGCGGACGACCGGCACAUCAUCUCGGGCAGCGAGGACCACACGCUCGUGGUGUUUGACCGCCGGGCCAACAGCGUCCUGCAGCGGCUGCAGCUGGACUCCUACCUGCUCUGCAUGUCCUACCAGGAGCCCCAGCUCUGGGCCGGCGACAACCAGGGCCUGCUGCACGUCUUCGCCAACCGCCAGGGCUGCUUCCAGCUCGUCCGGUCCUUCGACGUGGGCCACAGGUCUCAGAUCACAGGGAUCAAACACUCGCUGGGGGCCCUGUACACCACGUCCACCGACAAGACCAUCCGGGUGCACGUGCCCACAGACCCACCCAGGACCAUCUGCACCCGGAGCCACCACAACGUGCUGAACGGGGUAAGGCCCAGCCCCGCGCCCCGCCCGGCUGCCCAGAGCCCCCCUGACUCCUCGUGUCUCUGUCCGCCCAGAUCUGUGCCGAGGGCAACCUGGUGGUGGCUGCCUCCGGGGGCCUGUCGCUGGAGGUGUGGAGGUUGCAGGCCUGAGCAGGUGGACGAGGACGAGGAUGUGGAUGUGGAUCUGCCGGCCGGCAGGCUGGGCCGCGGCCUGUUCAUGGGGGACCUUGCCCCAUGCUGGUGCUGUCUCUGCCCUGCCCCGAAGGCCUGCGGCACAGGGAGUCCUGGGCCGUGGGCGGGCGGGGUCCUUGGGCUGGGCCCCACGCUGGGGGGGGUGAGGUUGGGGUUUCAGCCCCCCAAGGGGCUGCUCCCCACCCUGGGGCUCUGUUAUUGUUGUGAUUUGGACGCCGCUCUCCCUUGAGAGCGAAGAAGAAAUAAACCUGACGUACUGGU